ACUGGACCGGAAGAAGCAGUUUGUGCAAAUGGCUCAACUAUUGCGACCUCUAAUAAGGCAUUGGCCAUGGCGGGGGUCGGAGUCGCCGAUGCCGAACCGUAGUUGUGGGCUCAGCCUCCAUUAUGUCCUCCUCAACUCGCCCUGUUUUCUUGAACCCGCCAACCCAACCUCUUUUACUCAUUUCUCUUUGGCCACUCUUGUUUCAUCUUCUAAUCGAAAUCUUCAUUUUCGUCCUUGCGGUCUUCGUUUAUCCAGCGACCCUAUGGUUCGUGAUGGAAGUAACAGUGAUGAAUCGAGUAUUGACGUUAAGAAGAGCCGGAAUCAGUUGAAACGCGAGGCAAAGCGUGCUGUGCGUUGGGGUAUGGAGCUAGCUUCUCUCUCUGCUCCUCAAAUCAAGCGAAUACUCAGAUUGGUUACUGUGGACCGAGAGGUGUUUGAAGCUCUGAUGCUGGUUAAGAGAUUAAGACCGGAUGUCCGCGAAGGAAGGAGGAGGCAGUUCAAUUAUAUUGGAAAAUUGCUGCGGGAAGUGCAACCUGAAUUGAUGGAUAAAUUAAUAGAAGCAGCAAAAGAUGGCAAUCACACCGAGCUACAAAAAUUAUGUGUCUCUGAUACUGAGGUUCUUGAAGGUGAUGAUGACUUUACAGAAUUUGAGUCUGAGGAGGAUGAUGAGGAAUCUGAUUGCUACAGUGCUCGAGCAGUUAGGUGGUUUGAUGGUCUGGUCAAUAAAGAUAUUAAAAUCACCAAUGAAGUUUAUUCAUUGCAGGAGGUUGAGUUUGAUCGUCAGGAGUUACGAAGGCUUGUAAGAAGGGUGCACUCAGCUCAAGAACAGCAAGCUGCUAAUGAAGCGGAGAGAAAAGUAGCAGCAGCAAAAAUUCGGGCUGAAAAGGCUCUCACUCGUUUCCUUCUUUCCAUUGCAAAGCAAAUUCCUAACGAAUAUUGAUCAUCAUUUUUUCAUAUAGCAAUUAGUCAUUCAUAUUUUUGGGUCAUAGGCCAGGUGUCCUUUUAUGUAUGUUAAAAUUGUUCAUUUUUUUGGGGGUGUCAUCAAUGUUUUCAAAACCGGACAUUGAAUCGAAAAGCCAGCGGUUCACGAUUCAA